AUGUUCUUCCUGACGUACUUUUAUUACAAGAUUUUGGCCGUCAUUCUCAGGGCCCUCAUCGUCCGCGGUCAACGCCUCAGUGCCAAACCGGAUAGUGUCCAGCAGAUUCCUUCACGGGAGACAGGUAGAACUAUCACUGUGAAUGUCUACCGAUCUGCAUCCAAGCGAAGUCCAUCGCCUGUGCUUCUGAAUUUUCACGGCAGUGGUUUUCUGAUUCCGCUGCAUGGGAGUGACGAUGAGUUCUGUCGGCGAAUCAGUCGGGAGACUGACUAUACAGUGCUGGACAUUCAGUAUCGCCUCGCGCCGGAGAACCCAUUCCCCGCAGCUGUCUAUGAUGCCGAGGAUGCAGUGAAAUGGGUGCUCCAACACCCGGAAGAUUUCGAUUUAUCCCAUGUCUCUAUCUCCGGGUUCAGUGCGGGUGGAAACCUUGCGUUGGGGGCUUCGUCGUGCCUCUUCCCGCGCAACACCUUUCGUUCCGUGCUGGCCUUCUAUCCCGUCGUGGAUCUGGUUACAGAACCAGGUAUGAAGACGGCGCCCGAUCCCACUAUCAGACCGCUGCCUGCAACAGUGUCGCGGUUUUUUAACCGAUGCUACAUACCUUCUGGAUACGAUGCACGCGAUCCGCGCCUCUCUCCGUACUACACAGCACCGGAUCGUUUCCCCGAUCGAGUGUUGAUGGUGACGGCUGCAGGAGAUACCCUCGCGCCCGAGGCCGAAGAGCUUGCCGCUAAGAUCAGUCGGGAACCGGGUCGGGAAGUUGUGUCUCAGAGAAUGCAGGGCUGCGGUCAUGCUUGGGACAAGAACACCCGUGCCGGCAGCAUUGCAGCUGACGCGAAAGACAAAGCAUACAGCAUGGCAGUUGCGAUGUUGUCGCAUUGA